CUGACGGCAGACGACAAAAGGAGGGAAAUGAUGAAUUCAGACAAUUUAACCUCCCAAAGCUUCCUCUCUGCGAUUCAUAGCAAUGCCAGCAGUUUAUUCUCAGGGCUCCAGUUUGUUCAGUCCUUCAAGCCACUCAUCAUCCCCUGCUACUCGCUGGUAGUUUUUAUUGGUGUCAUCGGGAAUUACCUUCUCAUUUAUGUCAUCUGCAAGACAAAAAAAAUGCACAAUGUCACCAACUUUCUGGUAGGCAAUCUGGCUUUCUCAGACAUGCUCAUGUGUGCAACCUGCGUGCCCCUGACACUGGCGUACGCCUUUGAGCCCAGAGGAUGGGUGUACGGCCGUUUCAUGUGCUACUUUGUUUUCCUGAUGCAACCUGUCACUGUGUUUGUGUCUGUCUUUACCUUGACCGUCAUAGCUGUGGAUAGGUACUACGCCAUGGUGUACCCGUUCCGCAGGAGGCUCACAAUCCCAAUUUGUGCUUAUAUCCUGGCUGCUAUUUGGCUGCUGAGCUGUACCUUGGCUGCCCCGGCUUUGGUCCACACUUACCACGCGGAGUUCCCAGAACUGGAUUUCUCUAUCUGCGAGGAGUUUUGGUUCCACAAGAAAAGGGAUCGCUUAGCUUACGCCUACAGCACUCUCAUCAUCACCUACGUACUGCCUUUGGCUGUCAUCUCCCUGUCCUACCUGAGAAUCUCAGUCAAGCUGAAAAACCGUGUCGUCCCAGGCAACGUCACCCAGGGCCAAGCGGAGUGGGACCGAGCAAGGAGGAGGAAGACUUUUCGCUUGCUAGUCUUGGUGGUGGCAGCCUUUGGAGUCUGUUGGCUGCCUCUGCACAUCUUCAACAUGAUAAAGGACAUAGACAUCAGCUUGAUUGACAAGCAGUACUUCAACUUCAUCCAGCUGCUGUGCCACUGGUUUGCAAUGAUGUCUGCCUGUACCAAUGCCUUCCUUUAUGCCUGGCUCCAUGACAGCUUCAGGGGGGAGCUGAAGAAAAUGUUUGCAUGGAGAAAGAAGAAAAUUGGACCCACUACAAACUGCAUUAUGGCCAGUGUGGUGCUGUAAAUGAGAGCUGGUGGGAGUGCA